CGACCGGCCGCGCACAAUGAUGCUGUCCACUGGGCAUGUACUGACCAUUGUGGCAGGUCUGAGAACGUAGCUGAAGCUGAAUCUAGGAAAAGCUGGGGGCAAGGAAGAGCCUGGAAUCUUGAGGUGGGCCAUUGACUCUAAGAUGUCCUUGAGCAGUGGAGCCUCCGGAGGGAAAGGAGUGGAUGCAAACCCGGUUGAGACAUACGACAGUGGGGAUGAAUGGGACAUUGGAGUAGGGAAUCUCAUCAUUGAUCUGGACGCCGAUCUGGAAAAGGACCAACAGAAACUGGAAAUGUCAGCCUCAAAGGAGGUGGGGAUACCGGCUCCCAAUGCUGUGGCCACACUUCCCGACAACAUCAAGUUUGUGACUCCAGUGCCAGGUCCUCAAGGGAAGGAAGGCAAAUCCAAAUCCAAAAGGAGUAAGAGUGGCAAAGAUGCUAGCAAACCCAGCUCAGGAACUUCCCUGUUCACGCCAAGUGAAGGGGCAGCUAGCAAGAAAGAGGUACAGGGACGCUCAGGAGAUGGUGCCAAUGCAGGGAGCCUGGUUGCUGCCAUUGUUCCCAAGGGCUCAGAGAAGACAGUUAAGACAUCACGCAGUGUAGCCAGCUCCAAAAAGGAGAAGGAGAACAGCUCAUCCAAGAGCAAGAAGGAAAGAAGUGAAGCGGUGGGGACUUGUUCAGAAAAGGAUCCUGGGGUCCUUCAGCCAGUUCCUUUGGGAGGACGAUGUGCUCAGUAUGAUGGAAAUGCAGGGGUAGAUCCAGGAGCUGUGGAGCCACUUGGGAGUAUAGCUAUUGAACCUGGGGCAGCGCUCAACCCAUUGGGAGCUAAACCGGAGCCAGAGGAAGGGGAGAAUGAAUGCCGACCACUAAAGAAAGUCAAGUGUGAAAAGAUGGAGUCCCCUGUCUCCACACCAGCAGUGCUGCCUCUGCACCUCUUGGUGCCAGUAGUCAGUAAUGACAUCUCAUCCCCCUGUGAGCAGAUCAUGGUUCGUACCCGAUCCGUUGGGGUCAACACAUGUGAUGUGGCUCUAGCUACAGAACCCGAAUGCCUGGGCCCCUGUGAGCCUGGAACCAGCGUCAACCUCGAAGGCAUUGUGUGGCAGGAAACAGAAGAUGGGAUGUUGGUGGUGAAUGUAACAUGGAGGAACAAGACAUAUGUAGGUACGCUGCUUGACUGUACCCGGCAUGACUGGGCACCCCCAAGGUUCUGUGACUCCCCCACCAGUGACUUGGAAAUGCGUAAUGGUCGAGGUAGAGGCAAGCGAAUGUGUCCCAACAGUAGCACACCUGUCAAUGACACAGCUACAGCCUUUGACAGUAAAGGGGCCAGCAGCAGCAGCAAAACCCGGGCAGGAGCUAAUAGUAAAGGCUGUCGGGGCAGCCAGAAUUCUUCAGAGCAUCGCCCACCUGCCAGCAGCACCUCAGAGGAUGUCAAGGCUAGCCCGUCCUCAGCUAACAAGUGGAAAAACAAACCCCUUUCAGAUAUGUAGCUGAAUUCUAGCUCAGAGGACUCCAAAGGGAGCAAGCAUGUUCGUACAAAUUCCAUGGGCUCAGCCACAGGUUCCCUCCCUGGGACCAAGGUAGAACCCACUGUCCUGGACAGAAAUUGUGCGUCCCCCGUUCUGAUUGAUUGCCCUCACCCAAACUGCAACAAGAAGUACAAGCACAUCAAUGGACUGAAGUACCACCAGGCUCAUGCCCAUACAGAUGAUGACAGCAAGCCAGAAGCAGACGGGGACAGCGAGUAUGGAGAGGAGCCCUCCCUCCAUACUGAACUUGGGAGUUGCAAUGGUGUAUCUGUUUCACAAAAAGGUUCCUUGUCCCCUGCCCGCUCAGCUACUCCCAAAGUCAGGCUCAUAGAGCCCCAUAGCCCUUCUCCUUCAAGCAAAUUCAGCACAAAAGGUCUCUGUAAGAAAAAGUUGAGUGGGGAAGGGGACCCAGACCUCGGGGCUCUGUCCAAUGAUGGCUCCGAUGAUGGACGCUCAGCAGUGGAUGAAACAAGCAGUGACGCCUUUGACUCUUUGGAAAGGAAGUGUAUGGAAAAAGAAAAAUGUAAAAAUACCUCUAAUUUGAAAGCUGAAAAGAUUCCUUCCAAGAGCUUAAAGUCAGCCCGGCCCAUUGCCCCUGCCAUCCCCCCACAGCAAAUCUAUACUUUCCAGACAGCCACCUUCACAGCAGCAAGCCCAAGCUCCUCCUCAGGCCUGACCACCACGGUGGUCCAAGCCAUGCCCAACAGCCCCCAACUCAAACCUAUUCAGCCCAAGCCCACCGUGAUGGGAGAGCCCUUUACAGUCAACCCUGCCUUGACGCCAACCAAGGAUAAGAAAAAGAAAGACAAAAAAAAGAAGGAAUCUUCAAAGGAACUUGAAAGUCCUCUGACCCCUGGGAAGGUUUGUCGAUCAGAAGAAGGCAAGAGCCCCUUCAGAGAAUCAUCAGGAGAUGGGCUGAAAAUGGAGGGGCUGCUAAAUGGCUCCUCAGACCCCCACCAGAGCCGAUUGGCCAGUAUCAAGGCUGAAGCGGACAAGAUCUACAGCUUCACAGAUAAUGCUCCCAGCCCUUCCAUUGGAGGCGGUAGCCGCCUUGAUAGCACCCCCCCUACCCAGCCCAUGACCCCCUUACAUGUAGUAACCCAGAAUGGAGCUGAAGCCAGCUCAGUCAAAACCAACAGCCCUGCAUACUCCGACAUCUCUGUUGCUGGGGAGGAUGGGGAGGGUAAGGUGGACAGUGUCAAGUCGAAGGACCCUGAAUAGUUGGUGAAGGAAGGGGCGAAGAAAAGUCUUUUCCCCCCUCAGCCUCAGAACAAAGACUCACCGUAUUACCAAGGCCUUGAGAGUUACUACUCGCCGAGCUAUGCCCAGUCCAGCCCAGGAGCUCUGAACCCCGGCAGCCAAGCAGGAGUGGAGAGCCCGGCCCUAAAGACUAAGAAGGAGGAGGAACCCGAGAGCGCAGAGGGGAAAGGGAAGAACGACGUCUGCGAGGAGAAGCGAGCAGAGCUGAGCACGCCCAGUCAGCAGCCCUCCGUCAUCCAGCAGCGCCCCAACAUGUACAUGCAGUCUCUCUAUUACAACCAGUAUGCCUAUGUGCCCCCCUAUGGCUACAGCGACCAGAGUUACCACACUCACCUCCUGAGCACAAACACGGCGUACCGGCAGCAGUAUGAGGAGCAGCAGAAACGGCAGAGCUUGGAGCAGCAGCGGGGCCUGGACAAGAAGGCAGAGAUGAAUCUGAAGGAGCGGGAGGCAGCACUCAAGGAAGAGUGGAAGCAAAAGCCACCAGUCCCACCAACUCUCACCAAGGCCCCCAGCCUGACGGACCUGGUCAAGUCGGGACCCAGCAAGGCCAGGGAGCCAGGGGCUGACCCUGCUAAAUCGGUGAUCAUCCCCAAGUUAGACGACUCCUCAAAAUUCCCCAGCCAGGCCCCAGAGGGACUUAAAGCAAAACUGAGUGAAACCAGCCACCAAGGCAAGGAGGGCUCUGAGGCCAAGGCAGGUGCUGAGUGUGGCCGGCAGGCCGAAGUGGAUCCGAUACUCUGGUACCGACAG